UUUGGUUCUGUUGGUGCCGGUCCUUUGGUUCUGUCGGUGCCGGUCCUUUGGUUCUGUCGGUGCCGGUCCUUUGGUUCUGACGGUGCCGGUCCUCCCAGCAGACACACAUUCCUUCACUCUGCCAGGCCCCGCCCCUCUGUGGGGGCAGCCAAUCAGAGCCCGACAGUGGGCGUGUCCUGACCCAGAGUUGAAACCUGACUCCGGCUGCUUUUGUCUCAACUUUAGUCCGGACGGACCCACAGCGACCCGCUCAGAGUGAGUCCGUGUGCGUGAGACCCUGCAGCCGUCACACCGACCCCUCUCCGCUCACCAGGCCGCCUCUCAGAGCUCCUCUCCCGGCCCCGGAGGCAGCCGCGCCCCGCUCUUCUGUCCUGGAGGACAAAGUGGGAUCCGAGGAGAGAAAGAGACGGAAAAGUUCCGGGACGAAGUGUUGAAGUGAUGAAGGAGGAGCAGACGGGCUGUCCAGAGUCCGGACUGCUCUUCUCCUCCUUCUCCUCCCUCUUAACUUUUCCAGCUUGUUCCUGUCGGAGCGUCCAUCUUGGAGAGUCCCUGUGUGCAGCUGGAGCCUCGUCCUCCCUCAGCGGGCUCAGACGGUCAUUAACUCCAAGACUCAUUAAUUAACUCUUCCUCUCUUUUCAAACUCGUCGGGCUCAAUGAGGCGCGCGCUGCCGGCGGAGAGCGAGCCCAGCUGACGGUCAGUGAUCAGGGAUCGAUAGGUCUGAUCGGCCAGGGUUCGGGACUGAUCGCGUCUGGACUAGUUUUUUUCGGAGGGGGGAUGGAGGGUGUGCGGGCCCCUGUGGCCCCGAGACGAGCCUCCUCCUGCGGGCUGCCGCUGCUCCUCCUCCAGCUGCUGCUGCUGACCUGCUGCAGGGCCGAGGAAGAGGUGCUGAUGAACACCAAGAUGGAGACGUCUGACCUGCGCUGGACCAACCACCCUGCUGAUGAUCCACAGUGGGACGAAGUGAGCGGAUUGGACGACGAGUCAAACAGCGUGCGGACCUAUGAGAUCUGCACUCCUGACAGUCCGUCCUCUUAUUGGCUGAGGACGCGCUGGAUCCCCCGAAGAGCAGCGACAACCAUCUACGUCGAGAUCCGGUUCUCCAUGAUGGAAUGUUCUGGUCUGAACCGCCGUCACUGUAAAGAAACCUUCAACCUGUAUUACUACCAGAGUGACAGUGACGAGGCCACGCCCACUCACCCGUCCUGGAUGGAGAACCCGUACACCAAAGUGUCCACGGUCGCCGCCGACCACCUGCGGCGGAUCGGCGGCGACAGGCGCUCCAAUGUCAAACUGCUGCGCCUCGACCAGCUGAGGGGGGCGGGGCUUUACCUGGCCUUCCAGACCCAGGGCGCCUGCAUGGCGCUGCUGUCCGUACGCGUCUUCUACAGGAAGUGCCCACCUCUCCACCGCGCCUUCGCCUCCUUCCCUGAAACCAUCCCACACUCGCUGGUGGAGCAGGCUCAGGGUGUGUGUGUGGAGAACGCUGUCACUCCGCCUGGAGAGCAGUCGCGACCUCCCACCAUGCUUUGCGGUGAGGACGGGCAGUGGGUGGGGCAGCCGACAUCCAGCUGCGCCUGUCGCCCCGGAUACGAAGCAGGCAACACCGACGUGCGCUGUCGAGCCUGUCCAUCAGGUCAGUUCAAGGCGGCGUCAGGACCCGGUGGCUGUGGCCCGUGUCCGGCCAACAGCAACACACUGAUUCCAGGCUCCGCCUACUGCCCCUGUCGCCCUGGUUACCAUCGAGCUGACUCCGACCCAACGCACACAGCCUGCACCCGCCCCCCCUCUGCUCCCCGCUCCAUUGUGAGUCAGAUCAACGACACCUCGGUGACUCUGGAGUGGAGCGAGCCGCUGGAACGAGGAGGACGUGGAGACCUGACCUACACUGUCCUGUGCUCCCUCUGCGGGACCGCCACCAAGGGAUUGGUUGCUUCCUGUUCUCCGUGUGAUGACAGUGUACUGUACCGGCCGGCGCAGCGCGGUCUGACUCAGCGCCGUGUCGUCGUCUGGGGACUCCGCCCACACACCAAGUACACCUUCACCAUCCAAUCAAUGAAUGGCGUCUCUGCUCUCAGCCAAUCAGAGCCAGCCUCCGACAGAGUGAACAUCACCACCAGCAGAGACGUUCCCCCUCCAGUGUCUGGCUUGAGGAGGGUGGCGGCCUCAGAGACCAGUCUGUCUUUAGAGUGGAAUGUUCCAGUUCUGCAGAACCAGUACCAGAUCCUGGACUACCAGCUACGCUACAGCCCCAAGGGUGGCGAGGAGGCCGGUCAGUGGCAGUACAUGUCCAGCAGGUCUUCUUCGGUGGUGCUGACAGGGCUGCAGAGGGCGGGGCAGUACCAGGUGCAGGUCCGCGCUCGCUCGCAGGCUGGAUACGGAUCAUUCAGCACCGAGAGCAGCUUCAACACACUGCCUGACGGUGUUGGUCACUCUCAGAUGGCGCUGACUGGAGUUCUCGUGUCCAUGGCGAUCCUGCUGCUCAUCGCCAUCGUGAUCGUCGCUGUGUACUGUUACCGCAGGCGGGUGAAGGACUCAGAGGUGAACGAUAAGACUGGACACUACCAGAUGGGACAGACGAUGAAGGUGUACAUUGACCCGUUCACCUACGAGGACCCCAACGAGGCGGUGAGGGAGUUCGCCAAGGAGAUCGAGGCGUCUUUCGUGAAGAUAGAGGAGGUGAUCGGAGCAGGUGAGUUUGGCGAGGUGUGUCGAGGCCGGUUAAGGGUCCCGGGUCGGAAGGAGAACUAUGUGGCGAUCAAGACACUGAAGGGCGGAUACACAGAGAAGCAGAGGCGGGACUUCCUGUCGGAGGCGUCCAUCAUGGGUCAGUUCCAGCACCCCAACAUCAUCCACCUGGAGGGCGUCAUCACCACUUCCUGUCCCGUCAUGAUCCUCACCGAGUUCAUGGAGAACGGAGCGCUCGACAGUUUCCUGAGGAUGAAUGACGGACAGUUCACCACCAUCCAGCUGGUGGGGAUGCUGCGUGGGAUCGCAGCAGGGAUGAAGUAUCUGUCUGACAUGAGCUUCGUCCACAGAGACCUGGCAGCUCGAAACAUCCUGGUCAACUCCAACCUGGUCUGCAAGGUGUCAGACUUCGGUCUCAGCCGGUUCCUGACUGAAAACUCCUCUGACCCGACCUACACCAGCUCUCUGGGAGGGAAGAUUCCCAUUAGGUGGACAGCUCCUGAGGCCAUCGCCUACAGGAAGUUUACAUCAGCCAGCGAUGCGUGGAGCUACGGCAUCGUCAUGUGGGAAGUGAUGUCAUACGGAGAGCGGCCAUAUUGGGACAUGAGCAACCAGGAUGUGAUUAACGCCAUCGAGCAGGACUACCGGCUGCCCCCGCCGCCGGACUGCCCCUCCUCCCUGCACGCACUCAUGCUGGACUGCUGGCAGAAGGAACGAGCCAACCGGCCGCGGUUCUGCGACGUUGUGGCUUCGCUUGACAGGCUGAUCCGAAACCCAGUCUCCCUGAAGGUGACGCACUCGGACGGCCCGAGUCCGUCCCAGCCUCUCCUGGACCAGCGCGUCCCUCCUCCUCUCUCGGCCUGUGGAUCCGUCUCCGAGUGGCUUCGAGCCAUAAAGAUGGAGCGCUACGAGCAGAGCUUCCUGCAGGCCGGCUUCACCAGCCUGGACGUGGUCUCACAGAUCAACACUGAAGACCUGCUCAGAGUGGGCGUCACCCUCGCUGGACACCAAAAGAAAAUCCUCUCCUCCAUCCAGACGCUCAGGAUACACAAAGCCCCGCCCACCCUCCUCUACUGACCAAUCACAGCCCUGCUCUGUGGGACUGUCUCAGGAUGACACUGAGCCCGCCUCCCUCUUUUUACUGACCACAGAAUGCUACAAACCUGCCAUUUUGACCAAUCAGAGGGCAGUGGUGAGACCACGCCUCCUGAUGGUCGGACCAAUCAGAAGCAUCAGGUGAACUGUGACAUCAGCAGUUAUUGCAGAACGUCCUCUGUGAUCUUCAUCACGUUUGACUCAGGUGCAACAGAACUCCGCCCACCUUGUUAAUCUGACCAAUCAGAGCCGAGGUUAACUGAGCACCUGGUUGGUCCAAUGCUCAGAAGAACCGAAGCUCCUCCUGAUUGACCAGGUCGUUUUUUAUUCCCCUCCAAACCCUGGACUCACUCACCGGCCAAUCAGCAUCGAGCACAGUGAGGAUGUACGAGGACGCUUUUCUUCUUUACUUCCACAGAUUCUUUUGGACCCUGCGGUGCUGGUUCUGCUCUUUGGCCCAUUCUAUUGCCAAUAAGCUCCUCUCACUGCAUGGAAGCACAGCUGGGGUUGGUUCUUGGCCCUGUCCAUCACACAGUGACACCAGACUGGUGCUGGGUCGUUCUGAUCUGGUGUUCCAGAUCGAGAUCGUCAAGCACUCAGUGGAUCUAAAAGCUUCAAAAACUGGAGCAGGUUGAGGACCGGACUCUCUCCCUGGAUUCUGUUGGCCAUCAGAACAGGGUGGAUGCUUCAGGUGUGUUCUGUCACACUUCACACGUGUCACAACAAACCUUCACAGGAUCAGCUGCUGCUACGGCUGCCGAGAGUCCAGGUCAGGAUCUCUGGUCAGGAACAGGGAGCGUCGCUGUGAGCCGAUGUGUCCGAGCGGCAUGUCAGCGCCUUGGAUUUCUGUUUACACACCAGCAGGAUUAUUCUGGGAUUUUGUGAGGAGUUCUUGAGGACAAUUUAAAGAAUGUUGGAAUCAUUAGCAGGAGCUGGAAACAGAGCGGUCGGUGUUCUCCAGCAGUUUGGGAGCAUCUGCCUGAGGAACAUCAGGACGCUGUGUGGGGAUUUAUCCUGCCACGGGUCGACGUGUUCUGGUCAAGGUCCAGUUUCAUUCUCUUCAUAAUCUGUGAGGAAUUUUCUGGGAUUACCUCUGAAAACAAUGGCAGUGUUUUUUUGACAAAAUCUUGGGGAAAACCUGAGAUUCCAAGAUUUUGUGGAAAUCUGUAGUGGAACAUCCUCCAGGUUUGAUCCAGACGACUGGGAUCCUUCAGGAGAUUCAUAUGUUGAAUACCAGGAGAUAUUCUGAAGAACAGUCAGAACUACAACUGUGUUGCAGCAGUGAACGGACUGGACUGUGUUCUGUGAGCCGGUGUCGUCAGACGCAUCUCCAACUGGUUCUGUCUGCAAAGUGAUCCAGUCAUUUUAAUAUCAAACACUAAUUACUGUAGACUUUUAACGAUUGGUUCAAAAAGUGCUGUGUGAGAAUCUGCAGUCCAGUUGAAUCUAUUCUUGUCGGUUCAAGUGUUUUACAGUGAGAAGAACCGAACGACAGAUUCUUAUUUUUAUUCUCUCAGACCAACAACACAGAACACUUUGCUGCUGUGUUCUGGCUGCAAAGACACACUUGUACAACUGUUUUGUAUUUUAGCACUUUUUAUAUCUGAUAUUUGAUUAUGAUCAUGUUCUGAAGCAGAGUAUCAAUGUUUUUAUACUAAACUGACAUGACAGAAAACAAUCUGUCAUUUUUAUUUUGUAAAGAAAAGAUUUGUCUUAUAUUUCAAACUCUCGGGGACGAGCUGAGUGACAGUGAGAGUGUUCAGGACCAAAGAUCACAUCUGGAGUCAGUCACUGUUCAGUGAUCAGCUCCAGCCCAAAGACUUUCAGGUAUAUGGAUCCUGUUUUGAUCCUGUUUGUCUUCAUUACAGUCUGUAUUUGUCCUGUGGAUCAGAGACAUGUCCCGUCAGGUGUUGUGGACAUCAGGAGACGAACUGUGUCCCUGUGAGAGAUCCUCUGCUGCAGCCUGUUUCUUUGUAAGUCGUCAUAAAAACCUGCACAGCUGUUAACAGCUGUUCUGGGUUCAGCUCGGGAACAAUCGGGUCUAAAGUUCUGACUCAUCAGCACGAACACCAGAACGUGUUUGAAUCACUGGACUCAGCUGUGACUCAGGUAAUGAGGCCUGCAGGUUCUUUAUGGCUGAAUCUGACAAACGACAACAUGUAGAACUUUAAACACCAAAUAUUCCAUCAAUCGUCUGUGAAUCAGCUGAACCAGAAUCAGUUUGAUCUGCAGCUCUACAAAAUAAAACAUCCUGCUCGUGUGACUGAAUCAUGUAAACUGACGCCUGAACGCACCAACAAGCUGAUCACAGCGCUGCGUCUGUGGACUGUUGCAUGAUGGGAGUGGUAUUCACACUGAAGGCUGCUGCCGUGAUGUCAUGUGACCGACAGUUCAUCAGAAACACAGCAGCUGAGUUAAUCAGUGAAAAUGUUGUUAUUGAUAUUUAGAAGGUCCGCUGUCAGCCAAUCACAAUAAAGACGAGCCGUCCUGCCCAAUGAGA